AUGGUCUGGACUCAGGCGAAGGCUGUUGCCGUCCUGGCAGCGGUCGAUGCUAGUGCCCAAGGCUUCUUCUCCGGCCUGAGCCAGCAAGUGGCCGCCUGUGGCCCGUCCAGCUUCUACGACAUGGGCUGCUACGUUGCCUCCUCUACGCCCGUCACAGGCAUAAGCGUUUUCGAGAUCAGUAACUACGUUCCAGGAAAUACCGCCGCCUACCAGAAGUCCCAUCCUCAGUUCUGGGGCGAUGUCCAAGGGCUAACCAACUUCAACGCCACCGUGACCCCUUUCACCUGUGCUGCGGCGUGCCAGGGCUACGGCUACAAGAUUGGCCAGCUUCUGGCCAACCGCUGCACGUGCACAGUCAUGCUUGCCACCACGGCCAGGACGACGUACAGCAGCGGUACCGCGCCGUCUUGUACUAGCUCCCGUUGUUUUGGUGAUUUCGACCAAUUCUGCGGUGGUGCCUCGGCUGGUGAAGGUGUGAAAGUGUCUGCGGACCCAAGCUUCCCCUCAGACGCAGACAUUCGCAUCAAUAACGCCACUCUGGCGCUUGGCUACAAGUAUCUCGGCUGUUUCAACCUGGGUAGUCAGGGCUUCCGGAACAACAAGGGUGCCACAACGAGCGCUACCAAGGAGGAUUGCAACCUGCGCUGUGCAAAGGAGGGCUAUCCUUACGCCUCCUUUACGGGCACUGAAUGCGACUGCGGUGUCUCCUUCGGACCGGGCUCUUACCAGAUCAACAGGCCCGCCGACACUUGCGACAACGGCCUGGGCGCCCGCGCCGUCGUUGUGAACCCCGACCUGCAGGGCUGCUACGUACCGCCAGUUCCGGGCUAUGGAAACCUGGAUGCGCAGAGCAAUCUGGCCUCAUAUACGUGCGCUGCCGACGUUGUCUUGCCUAAGAACUUGGCCGUGCAGCCUCUGUCCAUCACCAGCCCGGGCACCAACAAGGUCAACACCGUCCUGCCCGUCCGCCAACGCCAAGUCGGCUCGUUCUACAUCCGCGGCUGUUAUUCGUCUGACAUGUCAGCUGCCUUUGGUAUCCCCGUCCCUGCCCAGAAGCCCGGCGCCAGCUCCUUGGAGAUGUGCGCAAACAACUGCGCCAACUUCCAGUACUUUGGCCUCCAGAACGGAGGCCUGUGGUGCGCGUGCAGCGACACGCUGGCGAUCGAGCCCGACGCCGCCGACAUGUCCGUCUGCAACCGCAAGUGUGCCAGCACCCCAAGGCAAAACUGCGGUUCCGGGAGUGGCCCCAUCGUCUAUGGCAAGUCCACCGUGGGGAACGCUGUCUGGAGCUCCAUACAGACGACCUUGACGUUGAGCUCCCGGGCGGCGUACACGUGCGCCCCCAAUCCCAGCACCACCUCGGGAUCCAGCAGUGCUGUCUCGACUGAUUCUACCUCUGCGACGAGCUCCCCGACUGGGACGAGCUCUGCCGCUGGGACGAGCUCCCCGACUGGGACGAGCUCCGCCACGGGGACCAGCUCUGCCGCGGGAACGAGCUCUGUCACUAGGACGACCUCACCUGCUGCCUCGUCUUCGUCGGCUUCCAGCAUCCCACCCGUCGUGCCGACCUCGCCUUCUACCGGUCCCAAUGUCCAGACUUCAAGCGCCCAAACGUCAAGCGCCGCCUUGCAGUCGUCGACCUCAUGCGGUACCUGUGCUUUCACUGCUAGCACUGUUCCCUCCAGCACCUCCGCUGCCCGUACCACCUCUGCGGCCAGCUCUGCGGCCAGCUCUCCUGCCAGCUCUUCUGCCAGCUCCGCGGCCAGCUCUGGGGCCAGCAGUGUUGGCGGUGAGGUCCCCACGACAUCACCUUCUGCCGGCAGCUCCUCUGUCACACUUCAGCCGCCGUCCGUCACUUCCUCGGCAACCACGUCCACUGCCGAGCCGUUGGAGACCGUGACGAUCGCGUAUCCUCAGCACACAGACUACGCAGCUGCCGCCGAUGUGCCGGUUGGUGAGGGCAUCAGAGCUUAUAUAUUUCCCGAUGGGCCCAACGGACAGCAGGUUGACGUGGUUAUUGUGAACGAGGGCUGCUACGUCCUCCAGGACGGCGCUACCCCGUUCCUGGGUCCUCAGGAGAUGAGAGUGGGCAUAAGCGACCCCGAGGCUUGUGCAGAGGUUUGCCACUCGAGACAAUUCGACUUCAACGGCGCCGUUGAUCAGAGAUGCUACUGUGGUGAUGAGCAAGCACCGACGGACCCACCCCGGUUCUCACAGAUCCAGUGCCCUAGCCCGAAUUCCCCGAAUGGCGGGAGGUCCAACCAGGAUGGCCAGGACAUCGUGGGCAGGUCCGUCGUUCACAGGGCUGCUGGUUAUCUUCAGAUUUUCAAGGUGCUCAACAGGGCCAGGGUCAGAGAAGUCGAGGCCCCGUCUUCCUCUACUACUUCCUCUAUCGCGGAAAGCACAUCCUCCCUUUCUCGGGACCUCACGCCUGUUGUUGGUGGAUCCUCGACAUCGGUAACUGGUUUCCCUACCUUGUCCACAUCGGCGGGGGCUUUCGCAAACUCUUCGACCGCCAGUGGUGGCCUCGGGGCGUCUUCAACUGCCAGUGGUGUAUUCGGAAAUUCGUCCACUGCUAGUGGUGGAGUUGGGGCGCCUUCAACUACCAGCGUUGGAGUCGAAGCAUCAUCGGGAUCUGGUGGCCAAUCCGGAUCACUUUCGACUCCCAGCGGUGGAUUCGGAUUAUCUUCAACCGCUUCUGGCGUAUUUGGAAACUCUUCCACCGGCUCUGGAGGGGUCCGAACUCCCACAACACCUGGCGGCAUAUCACGAUCCUCGUCGGCUUCUGGCGGCGGGCCUGCUACUUCUGGCGGCGGAUCCGGAGCUUCUUCAGGUUCGAACAACGGCGGCACAAUCAUCACUUCCUCGAGCACGCAGUACUUCACAGUGACAACCGGAUUUUCCGGAAGCUCUCUGACUGGACCCGUUACCAGCGGUGGCAGCAUGAGUUCCAUUCCGACCGGCAGCCUGGGCACUUCGCGGGCACCUUCAGCUUCGGGAUCCGGCACUUCGCCCAGCGGAUCUGCGGUCCCAUCUUCCGAUGUCUUCGUCAUUCAGAUCGGCCCAGCCGACCCCAGUCAGUCGGGUGCCCCAGGCUCCAAGGCGCGCCGGCAGAGCAGCAAUGGCGGUUUCGUCGGCAACGCGGGUGUCAACAACCCGGUCGAGUGCUCGCAGGCCACCCAGUUCACCAUCAUCGACGGCGAGCUCUUCAGCGGCGGCCAGAGGGUAUCGACGGACUUCGGCGUGAGAUCGGCGCCACUGGCUGUCAGGCCCACCGUCGGGCUGAUAACCAGGACGUGGGAGAUCGUGGACGACGAGCUCCUCUGGGUCAACGCCGCCUUCGCCGGCGGCCAGGCUACCUUCUGCUUCGACACCGCCACGAGCAGGGUCUUCUUCACCACCACGGGCCCCGGCAACGAGCCUGUUGGAUGUACGGCCAUCGAACUGACGCCUCUCUUUGUGGCCGACUGUCCUGGACUCAACCCCGACAAUGGCGUCCUCCCUGCUGAGGAGACACUGAUCCUGCCCCCAGGUACCUACUUCCCGGGACAAUCGCCGGCCGACAGGGUCGCCGGGAAUCGUAAGGAACAGAACGACGAUGUGGAGCGAGAUGUUUUGAUGACUUCAUGGAUAUUUAUUUCUUCAGUGCGGCCAGGCGAAGGCUAUGAUCUGGAUCUAAAAUCCCAGGCAUCGAUCAGAUCCGUUGCAUCAGCCAUGGCCGAGGACAUGAUGUCCUUCUACAAGGGCAAUGAGCCGGGCCAGACGCCUGGUCUCCUCCCAAAACCGUACUACUGGUGGGAGGGCGGUGCUCUCAUGGGGGCACUCGUCGACUACUGGUAUUGUACGGGCGACACCACGUGGAACCAGAUCACCCAGCAGGGCUUGCUGUUCCAGGUCGGCCCCGACGAGGACUACAUGCCGCCUAACCAGACGAUGACCGAGGGCAAUGAUGAUCAGGGAUUCUGGGGCAUGGCCGUUCUCUCUGCUGCCGAGUACAACUUCCCCAACCCACCCACCUCCAGACCGCAGUGGCUGGCCCUGGCACAGAAUGUGUUCAAUUCCCAGGCGGCCAGGUGGAACACUGCCCAGUGUGGCGGUGGGCUGCGGUGGCAGAUCUUCCAGUGGAACAAUGGCUAUUUGUACAAGAACAGCAUCUCCCAGGCCUGCUUUUUCAACAUGGCGAGCCGCCUAGCCUUGUACACGGGCAAUCACACGUACGCGAAGUGGGCAAAUCGCAUCUGGGACUGGAUGGUCGAUGUCAAGUUCCUGCACGAUGACUCGUACUACAUAUACGACGGUGCUCCGGUCGAGGGCAACUGUACCCAGGUCGUACCCUACCAGUGGACCUACAACGCGGGAGCAUUCCUGCACGGCGCCGCGGCCAUGUACAACUACACAGCUGGCACCGAUCCGGUCACGGAGGCAGUUUGGCGGUCGAGGGUCAACGGGCUGCUGACUGGGCUGCGCGUGUUCUUCACGGGCGCAGACUACGACAUCAUGACCGAGGUUGCCUGCGAGGGCGUGCACCUCUGCGACAACGACGAGUUGAGCUUCAAGGCGUAUCUUGCCCGUUGGAUGGCCGCGACGACAAAGUGGGCCCCGUGGACGUACAGUACUAUCAAACCGUUGCUGGAGGCAUCCGCCGCGGCUGCCGCCGUCCAGUGCAAGGGCGGAGAUAACGGCCGAAUGUGCGGUCACAUGUGGGCGAACAACAGCGGGGAGUGGGACGGGACCACUGGCGUGGGACAGCAGAUGGCCGCGAUGGAGGUUGUCCUUGCGACAAUGAUCCAGAAGCUGGACGCACCUGUGACAAACUCGACAGGUGGUACGAGCACUGGGAACCCAGGUGUAGGAGAGACGGGGAUUGGGCAGGUCAAUGCCCCAUCUGCGCUCGAGAAAGUGAGACCGAUAUCGACCGCGGACGGGGCAGGUGCUUACUUCCUCACAGUUUUGGUGGUGCUGUCCCUGCUGGCAGGAAUGACAUUUGUCUUUCAUGAUGACGAGGAGGGCAGGGCCAUUGGGAAAAGAUGGAAGACUCUGCAAGAUGACAUGAAGCCCGGAGGGGUCUUGAGACAUUUAGAGGAAAAGGGACCGAAGAAAGAUGGACAGCAGGAUCGAGGCGAUGGUUUUGAAGACGUCAAUCUCGACGGUCCAUCGACUCCUGCAUCAAAGCCUGACUGCGAGAAGAAGAAGUCGUCCGUGCGAUCUGUCUCCUUCUACGGCAGCCCAGAUGUGAGGCCUUCGCUGACGUUGUCACGGAGAAAUGACUAUCCGGACGAGCAGCCGUGGAGGAGAGCAGCUCGCCCAGGAGAUUACGCCGGUGCGUUCGAUCCCAGCCGUAGGAAUGGCGCCGGGUUUGGCAUCCUUGACACCCAGAUGGAGGAUGUCCCUCUGGGUUCCUCCACCGCUGGCGGCCGUUCCGAUACGUCUGGGCUGAGGAGCUUCUGGAGCGACACUAGUUCGGGACGCACUCUGACUGAGAAGAAGCUGAGGCUGGAACGAAAGCCGCUGCCGGGCAGGCCCGGGCUGGGGAGGAAGAUGACGGGUCAGGGGGUGGAGGAUAGGAAGCUUUAG